AUGAGUUCAACCAACACCACAGUACUCGCAGUCACCUCCAUCCCGGCCGACCUAGUCUGGGAGCUCUCGCCAUAUCACUACAUCCCGACACAAUGGGUAUGCAUUCUCUUCCUCGUGCUCUUCGGCAUAUCCGGUGCGUUGCACUUGGCGGAAGCGGUCCUCUUCCGCCUGUGGUUCCUGCUCCCCACCGCUGUCCUAGCGGCAUGCGGCGAGCUUAUCGGAUGGAGCGGCCGAACGUGGUCGACGCUGAAUAUCCCCAACGACACGCCAUUCCUCAUGCAGCUUAGUUCAACGAUCAUUUCCCCGACGCCGCUGCUCGCGGCGAUAUUUGUCAUCUUCGGUCGGCUUACGCGGCGGCUGGGUCCGCAGUAUAGUCGCCUUACGCCGCGCAUGUAUACGAUCAUCUUCUGCACUUCCGAUGUCGUCGCCCUCGUGCUGCAGGCCUUCGGCGGCGGGCUCGCCUCGGGCAACAGCGAGAGCUCGCAGAAGCUGGGCACCAAAAUCAUGUUAGCAGGUAUCGGCUUCCAGCUGGCGAUCCUCUCGAUCUUCAUGCUCCUCGUCACCGAGUACUUCGUCCGCUACCACCUCGACCGCCCCGCGCGCGCGCCCGUCGCCGCGCCCCCCGUCUCUCGCUCGUCCGACACGCUCUCCCCCGCCCCGUACGACGUGCAAUGGACAGCGAACGGCCCCCGCGGCCUCGUGGAUAAGAGACUGAAGGCGAUGAUUGGCGCGAUGUGCUUCAGCACGCUCUGUCUGUUCAUCCGGUCGAUAUACCGCACGGUGGAGCUCUCGGACGGGUGGAACGGUCGCGUGAUCGGGACGCAGGUAUACUUCAACGUGCUCGACGGCACAAUGGUCUUCCUGGCGAUGUUCACCCUGAACGUCUUCCACCCCGGCUUCCUCCUCGAGGCGCCGCGCUCAAGCAAGGCGUCGUGGGCCGAGAAAGCUUAG